AUGCAAAUAAAACUCAAUAGCUGCUACGCAAUCUAUUCGUGGCAUUGGGAUAUUCCCGAGGACGAGGUGUGUGUCAUUGGAGAAUGUCAGCAUGCUUUCCACAUGCAUUGCAUCUGGAAGUGGUUGGAGACAGAGACCGCCAAAGGACUGUGUCCAAUGUGCAGACAGCCGUUCACCAUGGACAAGGACAAGGACGUCAAUAAGGGCGUCAAUUUGCCGGAAACCAGCCGGUUUGCCACAGCAACAAACGAAGAAUUCCUCGCAGAUAUGCUGGAACCGCAGACCACAGACGCGAUGUCUGUUCAGGAUCUUUCUGGAGGAGACUAG